AUUGAAUUGCACAUUGUCGCACGUAGUAUAUCUCGACAAAGGGUUAUAGCCUUUCUGCACCUUAUAGAGUUGCUUUUGCAUUUGAAGGUCUCCUGCAUAUUUCACUCAUGACGUCGAAUCGUGAAUGUUGUGGUUGUUGCAGUAGAAAAGCUGUAAUCAUUGCUUUUGCUCUCUCUGGAGUCUGUCUUCUGGCGACUGGCUUGGUGUUACGCGUUGGCGAUGUCUUCUCUAAAAUUAUCAAGGAGAAAGUGGACCAGAAAGUUGCUUUAAAACCUGGUGGCUUGGUUUACAAUGAAUGGGUGAAUACCACCAUUCCUGUAUACAUGCAAUACUUUGUCUUCCACUUGGUAAACCCAGAAGAUGUAUUUGCAGGGAUGGCAGUUCCCACUGUGAAACAGAUGGGGCCAUAUUCAUACAGAGAAAUAAGAUCAAAUGAGGUGCUUAACUGGAGCAGCAGUAAUAGUAUUGUAACAUUCAUGCCAAACAGAACGUAUGUUUUUGAUCCUGAGACAUCUUGUGCAGGCUGUGAUGACAAGAAUGACACAUUCGUUACUGUUAACAUUCCACUACUGACUGUGGCUUUGUGGCUAAGAAAUACAAACUAUAAAAAGGAACAUAAAGUUUGUUUUCUUGGAUUAGAAGUUGAAGCCUUUGCGUUGAAAGUCAAGCUGUUCCAAAGGAAGUCAGUUUUUGAUAUUCUCUGGGGAUAUACAGACCCAUUUCUGGAGUUUUUAAUUAAAGCAAGUAAAUAUCUGAAUUGUCCGGGGCAAGAAGGAAUGACAUCAUUCAUCCAAUUACAGUACAAUAACACAUAUUAUGGCAUCAGUGCUAUCAAUACUGGAAGAACUGACAUUAGCAAGCUUGAACAAUAUACCAUGUGGAGAGAAGAGUCUCAUUUAACAUGGUGGAGUGACAAAUAUACAAACAUGAUUAAUGGAACAGACGGUACUCAGUUCUCACCAGGUGUUACUAAAAAAGAUACGCUUUAUGUUUUCUCCCCCGAAGUUUGCAGAUCCUUCUAUUUUGUGUACGAGUCAGAAGUCACUUUUAGGGACAUUAAACUGUACCGCUUCACGGGUCCAGAUGAACUUUACCUAAGCGGUGACCUGUAUCCUCCUAACAAAGGCUUCUGUGUACCUAAGUGCCUACCAACUGGUUUGCUAAAUAUCAGCCGUUGCCAGCCAUUAAACCCUCCUGUUGUUAUGUCGCCUCCUCACUUCUAUCAAGGCAACAAGUCUCUGGUGAAAGCAGUCCACGGACUCCACCCGACGAAACGUGCGCACGAAACAUACGUCGACAUUGAGCCAAUAACUGGCAUUGUUAUGCGUGCUGCUAAAAGAAUUCAGAUCAACGUUGAUUUGAAGCCAGUGGAUAUUUUAUCUCAAACCAAUGGGAAAUUUAAGCAAGUCUUCCUACCCGUUAUGUUUGCUAACGAGAGUGCUUUGAUCAGCAAAGACAAAGCUGCAGAAUUCCGUCACCAAGUGUACCUUCCCAUCACAUUGACAAAAGUGGUGGAGUAUCUCAUGAUAGCAUUGGGCGCCCUGUUCAUACUUGUGGCACUUGGAUUGAUGUUGUUUACUUGCAGAAAAAGGAAAGGCCGCAUCGAAAUGUGUCUUAUUAACGAGACUGACGGAGGUGACGAGAGAAGACCACUUGUGAAUGAUUGCAACAAAGUUUACACUUAGAAGACUUGUGUUCCCCCAAAUCCCUAAGAUUGGACUGACAGUGGAAUUGAACGGCGCACUCACGAGUAUUAACGAUACUAUCUCGGUAGCUAACCUUGUAAGAAUACAAAGCAUUUACUUAGAUUAAGCGUCAAGUUUGUGACACUCUGUACUAGCUUGCUACGAAGUGUAUUUUUAUUUCCACAAAUAUCAAAGAAUAUAUACUUUAAUUGCACGUUACAAAGUUAAGCAAAACUGCUAUGGUUGAGAAUUUGCAAUGGUCAAAUUUUUAGUAGCAGUUAUUUAAAGACAUUUGAAAUGACAAAUACAUUUUUAAGGAAGCGGUUAAAAAAAAAAUAAAACUCAAAUAACAACGACAACAAGAGCAGUUAAUUACGUAAAACGUCAUGUUACCAAGACAAGAUAAUGACUAGGCAAAUAGCUUUUUAGUGUUCAGUUUAAUUAGAUUGAUUUUGAAAUGCAAGGUCGGACAUAUGCAAUGCAAAGCGAGAGCUUUCAACUAAAUUUCCGAGCAUGAAAAAAGCAAAGCAAUUUGUACAUCAAGUUAGACAUUUAUACUUCACAUCAAUAUUUAGUAAAUUGAUAAUGUCCUUAACGACAUCUCACCAACUUUUAAAGAUUAAAUUAAGGGGAAUCCUGGGUAUAAUGGUACAAACUAUGUAAGAUAAUUUAUAUUUAGAAAUGUCAAUAGAGUCUGAAUCAUCCAUUUCGGCUGUAAAGGAAUUUCCAUUCUCUAAUGGUCCGUGGAGAAAGAAAAAUGAAAAAUAU